UUUCUUCUUCAGAGUAUCAGAAUUUGGAUCAGCAGAGGUCCAGAGGAAUUGAGGAAACGAAAGGAUCAAAGUCAAAGAUGAUGCAGAGGGUGAAGCAUCUGAUGAAGGCUCACCACUGUAAAGCCAUCGGAAAAGCUACUAUUUCAGGUCUGCUUCUCAGAGGAAGCCAUGAAGCCCAGCUAUUCUUUCUCCCCUCACAGAAGACUACCUAUCGCUGCCUUGACAUCUACCAGAUCGGCAACAAAGCGGCCAUUGAGAAGGAGCGUGCUAGACUUACAGAUGAAAUGAAUAGAGGAUACUUUGCUGACAUUUCCGAGCUGAAGAAACAUGGUGGUAAGAUUGCAAUGGCGAAUAAAGUUAUCAUUCCUGCCAUAUCUGCUUUGAAGUUUCCCUCAAGGGAAGUCAACUUCUCAGAUGGGAAGAGUCUUAAACUACCCAUUGUUUCUGAAGGAAAUGGAGUUGAAGCUAAAAAAAUGGCUGUACCUGCGGCAUCUUUAAUGUGUCUUUCAUUUCGAGCAAGCUCUCAGGCAAUGAUUGAUUCUUGGACUGUACCAUUUCUGGAAGCAUUUAGGGCAUCAAGAAAUAUACAAAUGUAUGAGGUUUCGUUUAUAGACUCUUGGUUCUUAUCAAUGAAUCCCAUCAAGCGACUGCUUCUUCGGAUAAUGCGGAAGUCCAACGAUGAUGAAAAGAACAAUGCUCUCCAAAGGCAGUUUGUAUACUCAUUUGGCGAUCACUAUUACUUCAGAAAAGAGCUUAAAAUAUUGAACCUUCUGACAGGGUAUAUUUUCCUGCUGGACAGGUUUGGUAGAAUUAGAUGGCAAGGUUUUGGAUUGGCAACAAAAGAAGAGUUGGCAUCGCUGCUUUCAUCUACAUCCCGUCUAUUGGAAGAAAAAUGAAUCCAACUUGCUUACUUGGGUGAUCGUGAAUCCAUAUUUUGACUCUCUAACUUUGCCACAUACGUGAAAGAAAAAGAACUCUUGGGAAGAAAGUUUCCCAAAUAAUGUCAUCUUCAGUUUUUAGUACUGCUGAUUUUGG